CCGGAAAAAUUAGAAGGGUAAAAUUGGAAUUGAAUUUAGUAUAAAAACAACAACCCCGCUCUUCUGAUUUCAUGUCGUUAAAGAAGAGCUGCCCUCUUCUCCUCUUUCUCUGAACUUGUAUCGUCUCUAUCUGAGUAUCAAUUCUUGAGGUAAUAGUAUAAAAACAAAAUGGUGAAGAUCUGUUGCAUUGGAGCUGGUUAUGUUGGUGGGCCAACAAUGGCCGUCAUUGCACUUAAAUGCCCAUCUAUUGAAGUAGCAGUUGUUGAUAUCUCUGUUCCUAGGAUUAACGCAUGGAACAGUGAUCAGCUUCCAAUCUAUGAGCCUGGUCUGGAUGAUGUUGUGAAGCAGUGUCGUGGAAAGAACCUUUUUUUCAGCACCGAUGUAGAGAAACAUGUGCGUGAGGCUGAUAUAGUCUUUGUUUCUGUCAACACUCCGACCAAGACCCAAGGGCUUGGAGCUGGCAAGGCUGCAGACCUUACAUAUUGGGAAAGUGCUGCUCGUAUGAUUGCUGAUGUAUCAAAAUCCGACAAGAUUGUGGUUGAGAAAUCAACAGUCCCUGUCAAAACUGCUGAGGCAAUUGAAAAGAUCCUCACCCACAACAGCAAGGGGAUCAAAUUCCAAAUUCUUUCCAACCCGGAGUUUCUUGCGGAGGGAACUGCAAUUCAAGAUCUUUUUAACCCUGACCGUGUUCUCAUUGGAGGCCGGGAGACCCCAGAAGGCAACAAGGCUGUCCAAGCAUUGAAGGAUGUUUAUGCUCACUGGGUCCCAGAAGACCGAAUUCUCACCACCAAUCUUUGGUCUGCAGAGCUUUCCAAGCUUGCUGCCAAUGCUUUCUUAGCUCAGAGGAUCUCUUCUGUAAAUGCCAUGUCUGCUCUUUGUGAAGCAACCGGGGCUGAUGUCAUGCAAGUGUCAUAUGCUGUCGGUAAGGAUACAAGAAUUGGACCCAAGUUUUUGAAUGCCAGUGUUGGUUUUGGUGGAUCCUGCUUCCAGAAGGACAUUCUGAAUCUGGUUUACAUCUGUGAGUGCAAUGGUCUUCCAGAGGUGGCUGAGUAUUGGAGACAAGUCAUUAAAAUCAAUGACUAUCAGAAGAACCGAUUUGUUAACCGUGUUGUUUCCUCGAUGUUCAACACGGUUUCAAACAAGAAGAUUGCUAUUUUAGGGUUUGCUUUCAAGAAGGAUACAGGUGAUACUAGGGAAACCCCAGCCAUUGAUGUAUGCAAGGGGCUUUUGGGAGACAAAGCUCGGUUGAGCAUAUAUGAUCCUCAGGUCACGGAGGACCAGAUCCAGAGGGACCUUACCAUGAACAAGUUUGACUGGGACCAUCCCCUUCACUUGCAGCCCAUGAGUCCCACAACUGUUAAGCAAGUCACUUGUGUCUGGGAUGCUUAUGAGGCAACAAAAGAUGCUCAUGGAAUUUGCAUUCUGACCGAGUGGGAUGAAUUCAAGACUCUCGACUUCAAGAAGAUAUACGACAACAUGCAAAAGCCAGCUUUCGUCUUUGAUGGCCGGAACAUCGUGAAUGCGGAGCAGCUAAGGGAGAUUGGUUUCAUAGUCUACUCGAUUGGUAAGCCACUGGAUGCAUGGCUCAAGGACAUGCCUGCAGUGGCAUAAAAUGUGAUGCAUACAACGGUCAUAAAUGCUCAUGUUCUGCGACAACGGAUUAAAGUUUGAGGCUGUCAGUUUUAUUCUUUACUACCGAAUUUUUUUCCCCUACAAGUUUGAUUGUUUCCUUGCUUUUCCUUCACCAUGGCAGCCAACAGAGUUGGAAUUUUACCAUCAUGGUGAAACAGUAAACGGCUGUUUGUGGCGCCAUACAUUUAUAUUGAAUAAUAUUUACCAUCUUUCUGUUGGUUGUUA